UAAUUAUGAGCGCUUCCCUCCACAUCUACAUCCGAACCAAAUUCCCUCCUUUCUCAACUCUUUCCCUCGUUUUCUACUCACUCUCUCUCCCGCUUUUUUUAUUUUCUCUCUUCCCAAACGCCAGAUCCCCCUUCUGUUUCCUUCUUCAAUCCAAUUAUUUUCACUUCAUUACACGUCCGAUUUCACUACACCGAAUAUUUCUUUCAAUUUCCCAAACCCUUGCUUUAAAAUUACCCAAAUAAUUCAAUCUCCAUUUGGCUUCUGUUUUCCAUGUCCAAUUCACAGACGCAUAACUUCUCUACACAGCCCAACGACACUUUCAUGCAGCAGUCGUUUAAGCGCCAGCUCCCAUGUUCUUCUAUGAAGCCGCCGUUUUCAGUUCCCGCUGAUUAUCAUCGCUUUGCCGCCGACCCUCGCCCACCCGAUCAAGAAUCCGAGGGCAUCGUAGUUAAAUCUCCACUAUUAAAGCGGAAGAGUGGCCCUGCUGAUAAUGAAGUUGAUUCAAGUGAGCGGACAUCUGGUCUUGGAUACACUGAAAUAGUUACUAGCCCUCUCCAGACACCUGUAUCAGGAAAAGGGGGAAAGGUGCCAAAAACAUCAAGGCUUGCAAAGAAUAGUAAAUCCGGACCACAAACUUCAACUUCAAAUCUGGCGUCACCUGGCAACAAUCUCACACCAACUGGUCCCUGCCGAUAUGACAGCUCCCUGGGGCUCUUGACAAAGAAGUUCAUAAAUUUGAUCAAGCAUGCUGAGGAUGGUAUUCUUGAUCUAAAUAAAGCCGCUGACACUUUAGAGGUGCAAAAGAGGCGGAUAUAUGACAUAACAAAUGUCCUGGAAGGUAUUGGCCUUAUAGAAAAGAAACUCAAGAACAGAAUUCAGUGGAAGGGCGUCGAUGUCUCAAGGCCAGGGGAGGCUGAUGAAAAUGCUUCAAGUUUACAGGCUGACGUUGAAAGCCUUGCCGUUGAGGAACGCAGAUUAGAUGAUCAAAUAAGAGAAAUGCAAGAAAGAUUAAGAGACCUUAGUGAAGAUGAAAAUAAUCAAAAGUGGCUUUUUGUCACAGAAGAUGAUAUCAAGAACUUACCCUGCUUCCAGAAUGAAACCUUGAUAGCAAUUAAAGCUCCCCAUGGCACCACUCUGGAAGUCCCUGAUCCUGAUGAGGCUGUUGACUAUCCCCAGAGAAGAUACAGAAUAGUUCUCAGAAGCACAAUGGGUCCUAUAGAUGUCUACCUUGUUAGUCAAUUUGAAGAGAAAUUUGAGGAGAUACAUGGUGCUUUGGCAACUCCAAACUUGCCAUCAAGUUCAGGCUUUAUUGAGAACCCUGUAUUGACGACGAUGACAACUGAGAGCAGAGGGAAGGAGAUUGAAAUACAGGGACAAGAUGCUCACAGAGAGUGCGCUGAUGUUAAUGCCUCACAUGAUUUUGUGAGUGGUAUUAUGAAGAUUGUUCCUUCAGAAAUAGAUAGUGAUGCAGAUUACUGGCUUUUAUCGGAUACUGGAGUUAGCAUCACAGACAUAUGGCGGACUGAACCUGCUGUUGAAUGGAACGAAUUUGGUAAUCUUCAUGAUGAUUAUACCAUGGCUACUGUUAGCACGCCACGCGCCCAAACUCCACCAUCCAACCCAACAGAGGUGUCAUCUACUGCUAAACUCGAAAGGUGAAACGGAUAUGUGAAUAUAUCAGAAGUACAUGUAAGUGGAAAUGCUUUUACCUAGCAGUUUGCCAGAGUUGGUGACUCAAGGCUUUAGGAGUUGCCUGAUGUUGCUUGAACUCUGAGGCUGUAAGGAAAAGGAAGGAGGUGUCGGGGGUCUUCUACGGCUGAGUGAUAUUAAUGAUCCAAUGUGAUGUUGUAGUAAGUAAAGUUGGAAUGUUUUCGUACAAGCCCUUGUAAAUUAUUGCAUUCCUUUGGUUUGUUGUAAGCACAUCUGAUUAGCCUUACUGGCAGGCAUUAUUGGUUAGAAUUAUGCAGUAUCAAGUAAUGGAAAAACUUAAUCUGAUCAUGACUAAAAUAAAUGAUCAGAAACUAUUAUUUUGUUUUCA